ACACACACACACGCGGACACGUGUGUGCAUCCCGUACCGCCUCAAUUCAACCAGCUAUCAACCGGAGGGGGCGCCAGUUUUGUCGGCGGCUCUUGUGCAGUUCAGUCUUGCGCCGUUCGCAGAAACGACAGGAUCUGGACAGGAGUCUCGUCGGUGGGAAGCAACGCGUGAAUGCCUUAGGACAUGGCCAGCAGCGAACCUUCGGUGGGUGUGCUCCUGGCGCACCGGGAGGAUGUUAUCGUGCGAGCAACACGCAAGGACGACCUACCGGAAGUGAUCGCCAUGAUACAGGAGCUGGCAGACUUCGAGAAGAUGCCCGACGGUCCGCGGCUUACCGUCGACGACCUGAUACGGGAUGGUGGCUUCGACGAGCGGCACUCGCAGGAUGGUGCGCCAGUGUUCCACAGCUUUGUGCUGGAAGCGCAACUCGACCCACAGGGUGACGCUAAUCAGCACCAGUCCACGUCAAUGCGAGCAGAAGGACCUCUGACCCGGAAACUGAUCGGAUACGCUAUCUGCUACUACUCGUACUCAACGUGGAGGGGUAAAUCGCUCGCUCUGGAGGAUAUUUAUAUCCGACCGGAGUUCCGUGGCAACGGGUACGGGGAGCUGUUCUUUCGUGCCUUAGCGCGACAUGCCCGCGAAAGCCGCUGCUCAAGGAUUGAUUUUCACGUGCUCAGUUGGAACCCGGCCACAAGAUUCUACCAUCGUAUGGGGGCGCAGGACCUAACGCAAGCGGAAAGCUGGCAUUUCUUCAGGCUACAGCAAGACGCCAUCGAUCGUUUGAUAGAGGAGUGAGACUGUAAUGCGUAUCCGUGGGAGAGCGAUUGCACGGCAACUUACAGAAGAGUAUUAACAAACAACUAGGUGAAACGUGUUUAUUGAUUAAACUAUUGGCUGCGAUCGAGGCUCAACGGUGUGUUCUUUGACUCACUAAUAUAUUGGCAUCUAGUAAA